AUGACUAUCACAAACGGAGCUCAUCCCGAAAUCCGACCUCUCAAGGUCCUGAUCGUUGGCGCUGGCAUUGGCGGAUUGACCGCAGCCAUCGCUUUGCGCAACCAGGGGCAUGACAUUCAGAUUUUUGAGCAGUCGCACCUUGCGACAGAAACAGGGGCAGCCAUCCAUCUCGCCCCUAACGCCAAUGGCCUUCUCCGGCGCCUGGGAAUUUUCGCAGAGGAGUUUGGUGCGAAUCCAAUGGAACGACUUGUCGAGUAUAGUGCCACUGGUGAAUUGCGAAGAGAGAUGGAACUGACGGAGUCAAAUAAGAAAUGGCUUCAUCCCUGGCUUCUUGCGCACCGCAUCGACCUGCAUAACCACUUGAAGCGUGUUGUCACGACUUCCACAGAACAUUAUCCGGCUGUUGCACUCCAUACAGGAUCCCGGAUUGCAUGUGUGGACGCCGAGACUGCGACAAUCACGCUUCAGGAUGGUACCCAGGUCCAAGGCGAUGUGGUGGUUGGUGCAGAUGGUGUGCACUCGGUGACCCGACAUGCGAUACCCGGUGGCCAGUUGAAAGCAGCGUGUCGAGGCAAAAGCGCGUUCCGAUUUCUGGUCUCCAAGGACGCGGCCCUAAGUGAUCCGAUCACAGCGAGGCUUGUCCAGCAUCAGGGCCAGCUGAGCAUCUGGUACAGCAGCGAUCGACGUAUUAUCAUGUAUCCCACCUCGCACAACACUGUUCUAAACUUCGUUGCCAUCCAUCCCGAAGCCGAAUCUGCGACAGAGAGCGACGACACUUGGGGGCAACAGGGCAACUUGGACAAGAUGCUGCACAUCUUUAAGGGAUUCGACCCGGCCAUUCUUUCUCUCCUGGGCAAAGCCGGUCCACAGACUGUCAAGGUGUGGAGGCUCCUGGACAUGGAUGUCAUUCCGCAGUGGCAUCACCAUCGCUUAGCGCUGCUGGGCGAUGCGGCGCAUCCUUUCCUGCCACAUCAGGGCCAGGGCGGAGGUGUCGCCAUCGAAGAUGCAAUCUCUCUCUCUGUUGUGCUGGGCAAAGGCACACCAGUUGCUGAGGUACACGAGCGUCUGAAGCUGUACCACGACAUCCGCCAUGAGCGCGCCACUCGCAUUCAGGGAUUCUCGCGCCUGAUUGGCGAAGAUCGUACGGGGGACAACGAGCUGGACAUGUAUGGCUUUGCAAACUACAACUUCGGCCACGACGAGUUCGAUAACUCGACCCAAAGGCUGCGGGAGUGGACAUGGAACCGCAUCCCCAACCCGUACUGGCGGAUGCCGAUUCCAUUCGGACCCAUGCCAGGCCCACGCCAGACGCAUCUAGGUGUGCCACGCGACGGGACAAACUCUACCUUCACGACCGCCUCAAUCAAGUUCAAGACGUCGCGAACGGUGCUGCAGAAUCUGUUCCCGCCUGGUCGCAAGGGUUGGCGAUUUACUUCGCCGGAGACUGUUGCUUACGCUUCAUUCUCGCAGACCACGCUGGGGAAAAUGGAGUGGCUUGGCGGAUCCGGGUACAAGCACAUUGGUCUGUAUGUUCACGGUGUUGAAUAUGUCAAGGAUGAUGGGUCCGUUGUCCAGGGCACAUACCUGCCGAUCCUGUUCGAGUCCCUGACAGAUCCCAUUGUCUCCGGCCGAGAGGAACUCGGUAUGCCCAAGCUGUACACCUCUGUCGACGUUUAUCGGCGCUCGCACUCGUACCGUAUCCGCACAGGAUGGGAAGGCGCACUAUGGGGCAAUUUCCUCCUAGAAGACCUCGUUGAAGUCGACCCCUCCACCACAACCGGCGCACUAAGCGGCGAAGCCGACGCCGGAAUCCUCGCAUAUAAAUACAUCCCAAAGACCGGCCGCGAGAACAAAAACGUCGCCGCGGAGGAGUAUGCGAUCUUCGACGCGUUCGCCAAGGCUGUGCCAACCCCGCGGCCGCAAAAGGUGUACACGACGAAAAAGGCGAGUAUUCAGAUUGAUCCGCUGGACUGGGAGCAGCUGCCGACUCUCCAUCAUGUUAUUUCAAGGUUGGCGGAGGUUCCUGUCUUUGAGAUUGUUGGGGCCAAAGUUGUUGAGGGGACGGGGGUUCCUGAUGUAUCGGGGGCUGCGCCAAUUGAGUAG